AUGGAGGAGGAACUUUCUGGCUUGACACGGGCCGUGGUGCGACAGCAAACCGACCCAUUGCCAAAUGAGGGUGACAGAUGGAGCCUGACAGGUUGCUGGAACCCAACCAGAGUGUCGAGGACACGAGAAAUUGGAUGGGAGGGACGGGCUGAACCUUGGGAAGUGGAGGUGUAUCCACGAAGCCUACACAGAACCACAGAUUACACCCAACUCCAGUUUAGUCAUCGGUUACCUCGGGUUUCAUUUUUCCCUGUUGACCCCUUGUACAACAUGCAGCGCGUGGCAAACCGCGUGGGUUUCAAGCCUUUCUGCAGCCUUGCUGAUCGGGCGCAGGGAAGGCGUCUUCUAGAAGCUCAGGAGAGUUUCAAUAGCAGCCACCUUCGUCAAAGGGAUGGAAGCCAUCCGACGCUCCACUCGACACACAGCAAGCGAAAGUCAAAAUUCUUCAUCGCGGCGCUUGGCGUUUACAACAACCCCCGUCAAGGCCAACAACGAGCCGGUCAAGCUUGUGAAUUAAGGGGAUCCAUUCUGCCAGGGUUGACUGGCUCCAUGACAGUUUGCCGGAGCCCGCGGCAUCACAGGCUUUUCACAGACGCUGCUUCCCAACCCACUUUCCAGCGUUCUCCUUUAUGCCGAAUACCCUAUUGCGGUUUGGCUCGGACACGGCGAUCACUAAUCCCUCACUCGGGUCCUUGGCGGGUAGUGCGAGGAGCUAUUGGAACGAGCGCCCGGGGAGGAAGCAAUAAUCGGCGAUGGUUAUUACUCCUGGUUAUCUCCAUUGUUCGUUCGAGAUAUUUCCGACGCCCUGCAGCCAUGUCUCCGCGGCUAGCCCGGAGGGGAGGAGGGAUUUGA